AUAUCAAGUAAUUAAUCCGACCUGCAUAAAAGUUAGUAUAGAAUCACAAAAGGCAGUGUGGAAAAAUAAAUAGCUCAUUUCCCUUCUUUUUUAGUCUUUUUAAUGAGAUUUUAUACAAGGUUUGUUUGCAUUGGAUUCCUCACCCAAAAGGGCUCUUAUAUAUUUCAAUCAAUUAUUGAAAACUUGAUAAUUAUCUCAUUCUCUCUCUCUCUCUCUCUCUCUCUAGAGAAAGGUCAAACUAAAAAGCAAAUACCCUUUAUAUUAACCAACCACAUUUUCCAAACCUUCGCAUCAAAAACCACUGCUCCUUCUUCUUCUUCUUCUUCUUCUUCUUCUUCUUGUCUGAUCAAUAUGCUAUCUGUUUUUUCAACAAAUUAGAUACACACACAUAUAUAUAUACACAUAACCAAAAAUACACAACCCUUCAAACAUUUCAAUCUUCAUGCACACAGACUUGAAGCCAUUAAUUUCCUCCAUGGGUUUGCCCAGUAUUAAAGUUGCUUCCGAGGCUAAAAUUCUCUCAGGUAAAGAUAAUCUGCAUGCAACUACAAAAUGCAACUUCUUCUUUGAAAAGCUCCAUAACAAAGAAGAAGCUGAUCAGAAAAGCGCUUUUUCAGCGCCUGUUCUGAAGAUCAAACUGCCAUCUUCUGCAACAGUUGACGAGCAUGGUGAAGAAGAAGAAGAAGAAGAAGAUGGUGGGUGCAGGACACCGAAAGCAGUCGAUCACGAAAAGAAUAUUCCCCCUAAAUGCCCACCACCUCCAAGAAAACCCAAAUCAACACUCCUAUCCUUAAAGAGAAAAUUAGGUCAAAGAGUACUUCUUGAUCUGUCAAGUGAAAUUGAGUCACUCUUUCCUCCAAAUCUUCUCAGAGAUUUUGUGAGUGGUAGUAAGAUAAAGAAACUUAGGCAAGAAACUUCAUGAAUCUGCUUAUAAUAUUUCUCUUAUUUGUUGCUAUAUUAUACAAGUUAAGUCUAA